CUCUUUCAGCCCAAAACGGAAAGUGCUGCUACGUAAGUGAAACAAACACUGAGAGAUUUUAUACAUAUAGUAGUUUUUGAAACGCCUUUUUGUGCACGUUGCUUUGCCUUUGGUUUGAUCCAGUAUUUUAUCACAAUACCUGAAAUGCUGCUUGGAUGAAGACACAACUAACCAUACACACUCUUUUACAGCAUCAGAGGGUUAAUGGAAAAACAGAACACGUUGCAGUGUAGUACAUCAGGUGUCUGGUCUCAGGUGAUGGGAUUCUGUGAUGUUGCAGCUGAAUGUGUGGCUGGUCUACGGCAUGCUAACCGUCACUGUAAAAGAACAAAAAUUUCUCUAUGUACCACAUGGAUCCUGGUUUCUUUGGUUCUUCCUGGUGAACCUCAGCAACCCGUAUAUGGUUCAGGCCAGUAUAUUCAGGGUUGGAGUGUUAGGCCCAUGGUCUUGUGACUCCAUGUUUGCCAAGGCCAUGCCUGGCGUCGCAGCUAAACUAGCUGUGCAGAGGAUCAACCGAGACCAGGCCCUGUCUCUGGGUAUCACGUUUGACUACGUCAUCCUGGAAGAAGAUUGUCAGACGUCGAUAGCCCUGAAGGACUUUAUGGGUUACUACACACGAGCCUCUGCAUUCUUAGGGCCCAUAAACCCUGGAUACUGUGAGGCAGCAUCUCUGCUCGCCAGGAACUGGAACAAGGCACUCUUAUCCUGGUCCUGCGUGAACUAUGAGCUAGAGAGCUCAUCACGUCACCCGACGUUCUCCCGCACCAUACCCUCUCCCAUCUGGGUGCUGAAGACUGUGGCACACCAUUUCCACUGGGCAAACAUAGCCAUCGUAGCCUCAGCUGACUACAUGUGGGUCGACACGUCCUACAAGGUAGCUGAUGCCUUAAGGAGCUAUGGCUUCCCUGUCAGGACGCUGCUCUCCACUAGCAGUGACCCUGCCAGCAUACGCAGCUCCCUCGCCACCAUCAGGAAGAUGAAGGAGCUUCGCAUGGUGAUCCUCUGCAUGCACUCUGUCCUGAUCGGAGGGAAAACUCAGAAGCUGCUGCUGGAGACGGCUCUGGACAUGCACUUGACCGAUGGCUCGGUGGUGUUUGUGCCCUAUGAUACACUGCUCUACAGCCUGCCAUACAAGGAGGUGACUCAUCCCGCAUUGCACAACAACAGCAAGCUAAGACUGGCCUACGACGCUGUGCUGACGAUUACAAUGGACUCAGAGGAGAAUUCUUUCUACAAGGCCUACCAGGAUGCCGUCAGGUCCAAAGAGGUGCCUGCAAACAUUAAACCUCAUGAGGUGUCUCCUCUCUUUGGCACCAUUUACACCUCCAUCAUCUUCAUGGCCAAUGCUCUCCAGAAUGUUCGUGAGUCUGCAUCCUGGCUUUCGGGGGCAAAUCUAGCUCGUCACACUGGGAAUAUGGUGUUCCAAGGUUUCAGUCAGAGGAUUCGCACCAACGGUUCUGGAGUGAGUCUUCUGGACUAUGUGGUGCUGGAUACAGAUGGCCAUUCCUGGGAACUGCAUCCCACUCACAGCGUGGACAUACAUGCUAACGUCGUUCGCUACCUCGGUAGACCUGUCCACUUCCCUGGCGGCGUUCAGCCCAAAGCUGACUCCAGAUGUUGGUUCACACCUGGAGGACCUCUUUGUACCAGAGGAGUGGACCCGCUCGUACUGUUCGAGGUGUUCAUGUCAGCACUUCUCCUAAUAUUUUUCAUAACUAGUCUCGGAUAUUGUACACGACGUCGCCUCAAUCAAAUUAGAAUGGUUCGAGGUCCCAAUAAGAUCCUCCUCACUCUGGACAACGUGACCUUCAUCAAUCCCUCUCUCAGUAACAAGAAAGUGAGUCCAGACGACGGUAAAGGAGAGACGGAGAGAUGUUUGUCAGAAAAGGACAGCAGAAUGAAUUCACCCGUCUCCACCUCCAACAAUGCUGAGCCCAGCUAUGAAAACUCCAAUGUGGCCAUAUUUGAGGGGGAUUGGGCUUGGCUGAAGCGGCUGCCAUCCGGACACUUUAGAUCAAUAAAUCCAAAGACGAGUGACAUCUUUGAACUGAUGAGAGAUAUCCGUCAUGAGAACCUGAAUCCAUUCUUGGGGUUCUUUCAUGACCGUGGUAUCUUUGCCAUCGUAACUGAGUUCUGCUCUCGUGGAAGUUUAGAGGACUUGCUUCGCAAUGCAGAUGUUAAACUGGACUGGAUGUUCAAGUCUUCACUGCUACUGGACCUUAUCAAGGGCAUGAAGUAUCUUCACCACAGGGGUGUGUGUCACGGCCGACUCAAGUCCCGUAACUGUGUUGUAGACGGACGAUUUGUACUGAAAGUAACCGAUUACGGUUACAAUGAAGUUCUCCACGCCCAAAAGUUCCCCUACACAGGACCUAAAGCGGAGGAUCUGCUGUGGACCGCUCCUGAACACUUGCGUACUCCGCACCCCGGACAGUUUGGUACCUAUGAAGGUGACGUGUACAGCUUCUCCAUCAUCGUGCAAGAGGUGGUGCUGAGAGGGCCUCCAUUCUUUAUGCUCCACAUGCCUGCUGAGGAAAUCAUCCAGAAGAUAAAGAAACCUCCUCCACUGUGCAGGCCAGUGGUUUCUCCUGACUACGCUCCUAUGGAAUGCAUUCAGCUCAUCAAACAGUGCUGGAACGAACAGCCAGAUCGACGACCUGCCUUUGAUGAGAUCUUCGAGCAGUUUAGGAACAUUAACAAGGGGAAGAAGACGAACAUCAUAGACUCCAUGUUGCGAAUGUUGGAGCAGUACUCUUCCAACCUUGAGGAGCUCAUACGUGAGAGGACAGAGGAGCUGGAGAUUGAAAAGCAGAAAACAGAAAAACUGCUCACACAGAUGCUCCCUCCGUCUGUAGCUGAGGCUCUCAAAGUCGGCGGCACUGUGGAGCCCGAGUACUUCGAUAACGUGACGUUGUACUUCAGCGACAUUGUGGGCUUCACCACCAUCUCUGCCAACAGCGAGCCCAUUGAAGUGGUCGACCUGCUCAAUGAUCUAUACACUUUAUUUGAUGCGAUUAUUGGAAACCAUGAUGUCUACAAGGUGGAAACAAUCGGAGAUGCGUACAUGGUGGCGUCUGGAGUUCCUGUUCCCAACGGUGACCGACACGCCGCUGAGAUCACGAACAUGGCACUGGACAUCCUCAGCGCUAUAGGCACCUUUAAGAUGAGACACAUGCCCGACGUUCCAGUACGCAUUCGAAUCGGACUGCACACGGGUCCGUGUGUGGCUGGAGUUGUAGGUCUCACCAUGCCUCGAUAUUGUCUGUUUGGGAACACAGUGAACAUUGCCUCGAGAAUGGAGUCCACUGGCAUGCCGUACCGCAUCCAUGUCAGUCACACAACUGUUAAAAUCCUUCUUGAGCUCAAGGAAGGAUACCAGGUCCAGCUCCGUGGAAGAACUGAACUAAAGGGCAAAGGGAUGGAGGAAACCUACUGGCUUGUGGGUAAAGACGGAUUCACUAAACCGCUCCCUGUGCCCCCUGAGCUCAAGUCAGGACAAAUGGCCCACGGCUUGCAGAUGGAGGAAAUCACCCGAUUCAAACGGAAGAAAGCUGAGGCCCUGUUAGCGAAGAAGAAAUGAGGUCAGAGAUGGUGCGCGACUUAAAGCAGCUGCUGCAGAAAGCAGUGCGGAAGAUUUUGGUUGUGAGGCACGUGGCCCAGCUGCCCAAUGUGGAUUUCACUGAGGAAAAUGUUAUGAUCCACCAUCAUUAACAGCUCGACUGUGAUGGACUUUCACAGAACUGGCCCGCAAAAGCAAAGUCUGUGACUGAGUAAAGUUGACAUUUCCAGAAAAGUAGUUUUUUCCCCCGGCUCAUUAAAGUUGCAGGAACUAUUAAAGAGCAUUUUUUCUUCAUUCCACAAAACCAAGCAAAGAUAAGGAGAACACACCAGGGUUAUACCAUCUGACUGAAGAAGCAACUCUGCAACUUGGCAGAAUCUCAGCGUGAAAUCUAUGCAGUUUUCUAAAUCAUGAGCCUGGUUCUUUUAACUGCAGGUUACAGUACCUUUCAUCCCAGUGGGCAUAAAUGAUUCAUUCCAUACUUAAGGAGGAUGUGGUGUGUGUGAGAGUCGAAAGGUGAAGUGCUUUGGGCACCUGGAGAUUAUCGGAUACUUCAGUAAGAGGCUCUUCAAAUGAAUUUGGCUGUAAUGUUUAUAAAUAGCAAAUGGGACUAUUAGGCUAAGCCAGAGAGGAUCAGACUCUGUUCUCAGCCAUUACGCCGAGUCCAGCGAGCAGGCGCUGAGCUUCGGAAGAGGAUCCACCUGAAACUCAUGUUGGAAGAAUGAAAAUAUUUGCUUAUAGUUUCAAAUUCUGAACUAACACAAAGCAGGAAAGAUAUUGAUUAGAGUCUAUUAUAUUUUAUAAUUCUGAUGUGUAGUCUUGUUCCCUUUUUGAACAAAUGAAAAAAAGCUGAUUGAAUGCAAUAUUUAUAUCUGCUCUUUUUAUUCUUCUGAGUUUCCCAGAAUUAGUUCUGUACUCCCUGUAAUUUAGUGAAAGCCCUGUUAGGUGAUAGCAGGUGUAAUGAGCUGAAUGUUGUCAAGUGUAAAUUAGAACUGUACUAUUGAUUUUAAUUAUUAUUAUUACAAUGGAUUGAAAUAAACUGGCAGCACAGCGAUGCUCUCACUGCUCCAGGGUUCGAUCCUGAGCUCGGGUUUCUGUCUGUGCAGAGUUUCACAUGUUCUCCGUGUCCGUGUGGGUUUCCUCCGGGUUCUCCGGUUUCCUCCCACCUCCCAAAAACAUGCCAGGAGGUGGACUGUCUAAGAUAGAAUUGUCCCUAGGUGUCAGUGUGUGAAUGUGUGUGACUGUGAGUGUGUGUGUGACCGUGUGAGUGUGUGACUGUGUGAGUGUAUGAAUGUGAGUGUGAGUGUGUGUGUGUGUGUGAGAGUGUGAGUGUAUGAAUGUGAGUGUGAGAGUGUGUGACUGUGUGAGUGUAUGAAUGUGAGUGUGAGUGUAUGAAUGUGAGUGUGUGUGUGUGUGUGAGAGAGAGUGUGUGACUGUGUGAGUGU